AUGGGUCUCCGAUCACACGAGCAAUUAGUCGUGUGUGUCGGAGUGAUGUUUCUCCUCACCGUCUGUAUCACUGCUUUCUUUUUCCUCCCUUCCGGUGGAACUGAUUUAUAUUUCAGAGAAGAGAACUCAGUUCAUGUCAGGGAUGUCUACGUUAGAGAAGAAUUGCGACGAAAAGAGCAAGAUGCUUUGCGUCGAAAAGCCGAAGAAGCCAAUCCGAUUCCAAUUCCAAAACCAGAAAUCGGUGCGGCAGAUGAUACGGAAGGCCGUCGUAUCUUCGUCAAACAAAUGAUCAAAUUCGCAUGGGAUGGAUAUCGAAAAUACGCGUGGGGAGAGAACGAAUUGCGGCCGAAUUCCCUCUCAGGACACUCCUCGUCGAUAUUCGGAUACGGAAAAACGGGCGCCACUAUCAUUGAUGCAAUCGAUACGUUAUUCAUUGUCGGAUUGAAGGAAGAGUAUAAAGAAGCGAGAGAAUGGAUUGCACAAUUCAAUUUUAAAGAGUCCGCGAAAGGUGAUCUAUCGGUGUUCGAAACGAAUAUCCGAUUCACGGGCGGUCUCUUGUCAGCCUAUGCUCUGACAGGCGAUAAAAUGUUUCUGGAGAAAGCAGAAGACGUGGCGACACUUCUCCUUCCAGCAUUCGACACGCCCUCUGGAAUACCGUACUCCCUAAUUGAUCUACAAACUGGGCGGGCGAAAACGUAUAGUUGGGCGAGUGGAAAAGCGAUUCUAUCGGAAUAUGGAUCCAUUCAACUGGAAUUUGAUUAUUUGUCAAAUUUGACUGGAAAUCCAGUGUUUGCACAGAAAGCUGAUAAGAUUCGAGACGUUUUGACGGAAAUGGAGAAGCCUGAGGGAUUGUAUCCUAUCUAUUUGUCGAUGGAUAACCCGCCUCGGUGGGGACAACAUCUAUUCUCAAUGGGAGCAAUGGCAGACAGUUGGUAUGAAUACCUGCUGAAACAAUGGAUCUCAACUGGAAAACGAGAUAAACGAACAAAAAGAGAGUAUGAAGAGGCGAUAUUCGCAAUGGAGAAACGAAUGCUCUUCAAAUCAGAGCAAUCGAAUUUGUGGUAUUUCGCAAAAAUGAAUGGAAACCGAGUGGAACAUUCAUUCGAACAUUUGGCAUGUUUCUCCGGUGGAAUGGUUGUUCUACAUGCGAUGAAUGAGGAGAAUUCAACCAUUUCAGACCAUUAUUUAACACUUGGAAAAGAGAUUGGACACACUUGUCAUGAGUCCUACGCGAGAUCUGCCACCGGCAUCGGUCCCGAAUCCUUCCAAUUCACGUCAUCAAUCGAGGCGAAAACCGAACGUCGUCAAGAUUCCUACUAUAUCCUUCGUCCAGAAGUCGUCGAAACAUGGUUCUACUUGUGGAGAGCCACAAAAGACGACAAAUAUCGUCAAUGGGCGUGGGAUCAUGUGCAGAAUCUCGAGAAGUACGCAAAAGGCACCGCCGGAUACUCGGGAAUUCGAAAUGUGUAUGAUGAGCGGCCGGAGCAAGACGACGUGCAACAAUCAUUUCUGUUCGCUGAGCUCUUCAAAUAUUUGUUCCUCAUUUUCAGUGAAGACGACGUUCUUCCAUUGGAUCAAUGGGUUUUCAAUACGGAGGCUCAUCCAUUCCGGAUUCGGCAUUAA